CAUCGCCCCCUGCUGGAUGCGGAGGGAAGCGCGAAGAAGCGGUGGCGGAGUUCGCGCAGAAACGGGGAAGUUAAAGUGAGAUCUUGGGAAGUUCGUGCGGAUCUGAUUCUUCAACUUCGCGGUCGAAGGGCCUUUCACCGCCAGGCGGACGGAGACGAGCGGACAAACAGCGCUGGGCUCCGGUUUCGACCUCAGGGCGGAACUUCGUCAUGGCGUCUGCGGGACACAGAGCCUUCAGCUUUAAAGUGGUCGUGCUGGGCGAAGGCUGUGUGGGCAAAACAUCGGUCAUCCUGAGGUACUGCGAGAACAAGUUCUACAGUAAACACAUCACAACCCUGCAGGCUUCAUUCUUCACCAAGAAGUUGAACAUCUCUGGAAACCGAGUCACUCUGUCCAUUUGGGACACGGCUGGACAGGAGAGGUUCCAUGCUCUCGGCCCCAUUUACUACAGAGAGUCCAACGGAGCCAUUCUCUUAUACGACAUCACAGACGAAGAUUCAUUUCAAAAGGUAAAACUGUGGGUGAAGGAGCUGAGGAGAAUUCUGGGUAAUGACGUAUGUUUAUGCAUAGUGGGAAACAAAACUGACCUGGACAAAGACAGAAAUGUUUCAGCUGAAGAAGCCGAGAGGUAUGCGGAGGCAGUCGGGGCUCAGCACCACCAAACUUCUGCUAAACUGAACACAGGAAUUAACGAGCUCUUCCUCAGCCUCUGUAAACGUAUGAUGGACGCAGCGCUGGUGGAGGAACGUUCCCGAAUCGACUCCUCUCCGGUCUCGGGCCACGCCCACCGCAGCCUGCAGAUAGUGGACGCUGAACCAGAGGAAACCACUACAACCGCAGCGCACUGCUGCUCCUCUGGAUGACUGCACUGACCCGCACAACGGCCGGACUGCAUUUAGCGUGUUUAGCACCCUUUUCUUUUCACUGUUUACACCUGAAGGAAAAUAUGAGACUCACUGCCCUCCAAAGUUUUAAGGACAUCGAGAUAUUUAGUGCUUUUAGUGCAAAUUUCAUCAUAAACUAAACCUGCACUUGAAAAGGGAAAUGUGUCUAAAUGUUUGUGGGGCAGUUUGUGUGUCUGUGUGUAGUUGGUAAAGUGAAUGUUACUGAAAGGCAAGACCCCCAAAGACCCCCCAGUAGUGUUCCUCCAGCACAAACAGCACAACACUAACAUUUUAAUGGAAGAAGAAGUGAAUCUAUGCUAAUUUGUUCUGUUGUUUCCUAAUUUGUUUCUGUUGUCUGUUGAUUAUCAGAGUGUUUACUGAUAAAUGUGGUAUAUUUUACACACAGCAGGUGUUUAAAUCUCCAGGGAAACACACUUCACUGUGACCCGUUUAUACGACGCUUCACUGUGACCCGUUUAUACGACUCUUCACCGUGACCCGUUUAUACGACUCUUCACCGUGACCCGUUUAUACGACGCUUCACUGUGACCCGUUUAUACGACGCUUCACCGUGACCCGUUUAUACGACUCUUCACUGUGACCCGUUUAUACGACUCUUCACCGUGACCCGUUUAUACGACUCUUCACCGUGACCCGUUUAUACGACUUUUCACAGUGACCCAUUUAUACGACGCUUCACCGUGACCCGUUUAUACGACGCUUCACCGUGACCCGUUUAUACGACGCUUCACCGUGACCCGUUUAUACGACGCUUCACUCUGACCCGUUUAUACGACGCUUCACCGUGACCCGUUUAUACGACUCUUCACCGUGACCCGUUUAUACGACUCUUCACCGUGACCCGUUUAUACGACGCUUCACCGUGACCCGUUUAUACGACGCUUCACCGUGACCCGUUUAUACGACGCUUCACUCUGACCCGUUUAUACGACGCUUCACUCUGACCCGUUUAUACGACUCUUCACCGUGACCCGUUUAUACGACUCUUCACUGUGACCCGUUUAUACGACGCUUCACUGUAACCUGUUUAUAAAGAGUUUUGCUUUCAGACGAGUGUUUUAAUAAAAUAACUGCUGUGAAACACAAACAA